GGUUAUAAAACUGAUAUUCAAACAUACUCACCCACGAUAGAACAUCAGCUUCCUUUACGAUCAGAAGUUACUAAGAGCACGUAGUCAUCAACACCCAGGAUAACACCCUAACUUCACAACAUGUCGAACUCCUACGUUCGGCCUCCUCACUAUCAAAGACAUCAUCAGUCCAUGCUAUUGAAUCUUUGCAGCAUAUUUCCAUUCUUCGAGACAGAUGAUUUCGACCGCGAGUACCAAAAAGAACUUGCUUCCGUCAUUUCUCAACAUCCGUUGACUGGUUUGGACUUUUGUUAUUACUGGACUGAAAAGGUCCUGUGGGAUAGAUUCCAGUUAUCUGGUGCAUUUGGCGAGUUUCCUGGUAAAUAUGGUGGUCCUGAGUAUAUUGUUCAACAACAAAUUGGACAAUUGCCUCCCACUCCAGAAUCUGCUGAACCGACACCUGCGAUAUCCGCAGAUUUCCUUGACAACAUCUUGGAGACUUUGGAGACCACAAGCCGCUCCAUAAAACCUGUCCUGCCAAUCAAACGUCAGGCUUCAGAGAUAUCUAAAGCUGCCUACGAAACACCUGUCUCUGAACCUGUUCAACAAAGAGUGGAUCUCAUGGCAAUUCCAUUUCAACAACUGGGUCAAAAUCAUUUUGAGAGAUACCUUAAUCCUCAAAAUCCGCCAGCUUCUGUACCAAUGAAAGCACCCCUAGAUUAUCCUAAAGAUUGUUUCUAUCCCGAAAGCCCAUACACUACAGCACAAGACUCUCAAGGCUUUCCCAGUGUCCCGUUCAAUCCUGAAGACCUAGGCACUUCCCAGACUCCCAAUGAAUUCUCGGUAUCAACCGUUGGACCCGGACCUUUGAAUUCAACCCCUUCAUCGCUUUUAGCUGCUCGAAUUUCUCUACCUGGUCUCUCUAAUUCAUAUACAACAUCCAAAGCUGCCCCCUCUGCACCGUCCUCAUCAUUGGCACCUCUUCCUCCUCUUCUACUCCCAGAUUCAGUCUUCAAAGAUCCCAAUACUGGUGAACUAAUCACAAUAAAGAUGUUUGAGCGUCGAUGCCUUGGUCGCGGUGCUGAAAUUGCUAUCAAACAGGCACAAGCUGCCGUUAAGGCGACACCGAACCGUAUGACCAAGCCUCUAGCCCGUUCGUUAUUGGAAGAUUCACUCACCACUGCAUUGGCCAGUAUCAUCCAAGAGCAUACCUCGUAAUAGCAAAAUGCGAGAUUUAGAACAUCUAUAGCAAAUAGAGAUGGCGAGAGCACAUGAGGCUUAGGGAGUGGGGGGUGUUCUUCUGUCAGUUUAGUUCCCAAUACAAACUCAUCCA